AUGAGUCGCCACAUCCAAGAUAAAAGCACGAUCCGGCCGCUGUCCUGGGUAGACGCUAGAUCACGGCUAAGACUCCUAUUGAAGUCGUACUUGCAGGAGUCAACAAAUAUUUCAAAGAAGGAGGAGACACCCGAAGACAGUAUUCGGGAGAAGGAAUCCCUUCUUUCUCAAUGGGUGACUCGAGAUCUUGAUCUAUAUUGUGGAGCAUUGAUGCUCUCAACCGUAAUUUUCAUCUUGGCCUGUUUUUCCCUAAAAGAACGCCAUGACGGAGUUGGAGAGGGUCCUCUGGAGCCUGGCGCCUCACUAGGAGUCUAUCGAUCGCAAGUCACUGCAGGUUUUUUCCUAGUUGUUGGCUCCAUCGUCAGUAUCUGGACGGUUCACCGUCGUCGUUUUCUUUGUCAAAAUGAUGGAGAAAACGCUAAGAAGCGGGAAAUUUCUAAGUUUCUCCGAGCUUGGGAGUGUAUGGAGGGGAAGGCGAGUGCUGAUAGCGCCGAAACAAACACGGGAAACAUCGAUAUUCCGCUCGAAUUGGCUGGAACUGCGCUGACAGACAUAUAUCCGGUGUACCGAAGAAAUGGGGUGCGAAAGGCUUCAAAAGCAUCCUGGAAGCGCAUUCCAAGCUUAUUGAUGGCUGAAGGCGAUUUGAUUGCGCUUCAAAUUGGUGACGUCGCUCCUGCUGAUUGUGUAUUCGUCAGCAAUCCUGAGAAACAAAUGGAAGCCGGUGAGAGGAUCACUUUGCAGACCUUUGAUCAGAGUCUAGAUGAUGUCAUAAGCCGUCUACCGAAAGGCAGGACGACACUGGAGCCGGACUCGGAACAUCUCUUGUCGAUGUGUAACAAGAUGCAAAUAUUCCGAGUCUUGAAGGCUCCACUUGCUAAGUUUAUACGGCCUUCCUAUGGCAAAUCGCGUCCGUCUCAAAUCGUUCGGCAACUUAAAGCAAUAAGGAAAUGCCUAGCAGUUGCUGCACCUGUACUGCUUAUCUUGACGGCGGGAAUUGUCUUUUCCAGGCCGGGGAUCGUAUCCGGAAAUCUUUCGUUGAUCUUGCCGCUGCCGCUGCUGGCAUCUGUUGGUGUCCUGCCCGUGGUUGGUCCUGCUUUCAUGUUUUUUUUGGAGGUUCUCGGAACAGCACGCAUCCUUCGCACGAUUCAUCCCUUUUCGAGCACAUCUCUUGACGAAAAAUUUCAGGCAGAAAGCUUUUUCAGGUCACGACUCCUUCUUCAAUAUGUUGUUGUUACUGGUUUGUCACGGCUUUCGCUCUGGAAGUAUGCUGACAGGAUAGUACAUUUUUACCGUCGCUUCUAUCCUGAUCGCAGUGGUGGCUCUGAUGUGUUCAAGCUCGUGCGCGUCCCUCCCGCUUCCAUUAAUCUGCUUGAAAAGCUCGGAAUUGCAACUGUAUUCGCCUUGGUUGAUGAUGAGCUUGCAUGUGAACCCCAUGCUAUCCCACAGCAACUCCUGAUACCGUCCGGAAAGGGCCUAAAGCUUUUGGAUUUGUGUCCAACGUUUGACGAAGACAGUGACGAUGAGACAGGAUCGGCAAGGGGUCGAACUGUAGACUCUGAUUCAGAUUCAGAGGGCGGUGAGAGUACCUUUCACAGCACUCUUCGCAGAAAGGUGUUAAGACGACCACUGCUACGAGCUCGCAAGGCGAAACAACACGACAGCGAAAACGAAACGGACGGCACAGAUGCAACCUCACUUGAUGUACAGUUUGAAGAUCCUCUUUGGUGGCAAUUUCUACCUUCCUUAAAAUGUAUUGGGCUUUCUUGCCUUUUGAUGGAGAAGACUAAGAUUCCUACUGAAAUUCCUCAUACCAGUACCAAUCCCAACGCUGACGACUACGAGUCCUGUGAAUUAGAUGGUGCAGAGUCAGCCCUCGUGAAAUUGCUCUGUACGGAGCGUCGGAGCUAUCAAUUUAGGUCGCUGGCCGAGUGUAUAGGAUUCAGCACGGAACCGAACGCCUUGGGUUCUGUUGGUGAUAUUUCGCCAUUCGUCGAACGUCUUCGACUUCAUAUUUUAUCUAAUGGCCUAUUCAAGGAAAGAUUAAAAAGCGAUGCCCAUGAACGGAGUUCCGGUCAAUCUCGUUGGUGGGGAGUGAUUCGUCCGGAUUCCACGUCUGUAAUUGUCGAAGACAAAAGGUCCAACGCCUAUCAAUUACUAACUGUCGGGGACCCUCUUGUUGUCACCAACUUGUGCAACGAGGCGUGGCAAGGAGAGACUUCAACGAUUCUCCCUUUAGCCGCACAAGAUCGAAACACUAUUUUGGAAACCAGCAAGAACUGGAAGUUAGCUGAUUUAGAUGUAGCGGCGUUCGGCUACUCUCCGGUACCUCGUACUCUAGAAAGCCGCUUGUCACAGGAAAAAGUACAGAACCCGUCUUAUCUCCUCGAUUGCGGGCAGCCGGGUCAGUCUGUGCUGAAAGGCAAGAGUGCCUCGGAAGAGUGGGGGCUUGUGCGAAAUCAAAUUUUCCUAGGCGUUCUGGGAUCACUUGUUGUACCUCGCCGAGAAAUACAUAAACUUUUGAGCACGUUGGGUGAUGCAGGAGUGAGAUUCGUUUACUUUUCACCACGUAAUAUGCGCAGACAAAAGGAAUUGGCAUCCCAGAUGGGAAUCGACGUAGCAUGGAAUUGUGCAAUAUCGCUCCGAGCCCUGGCAUCCGGAGAAGAAGACCCCCACAGAAUGGUAAGCAACUAUGCCGAUUGGGAUAUCAAUGCCAAGUUGCCACACGGGGUGGAAGACGUGCGAAAACACUUGAAGGAAGUUGACAAUGUUCCUCUUCUGGUCAGCCUUUUCACGGAUGCCACGAAGGCUACAACAAAAGAUAUGGUCGACAUCUUUCAAGAGUACCAUGAAACAGCCAUCACUGUGGGGCUGUCUCACUUGCCAUGGAAUAAUGAAAUCUUUUCCACGGCAGACAUUGCAGUGGGUAUCGAUAUUUUGACAGAUAUCACAGACACGUUACCUGCCGCAUGGGGGGAAGGCGGCGAGGCGAGUAUGACCCGAAACCAUGUUCUACCAUCGGAGUUAGAAUUUGUUUGCGCAAUAGCUUCGCAUUCUUGUGCGUUUCGUUUCCAAGGAGCAUCGUCUUUGUCGCACUUACCUGAAAUUCUGGAGCAAGGACGAGCGGCACUGGAGGCCGUUACCGCAGCUGCACGCGUCCCGCCGAAGAACGAUCAAACCGUUGUCUUUCCAAGUCGCAAUGAAGGAGUCAGGCUAUACAGGACCAUGUUGCUCAAAGCUCUUCUCCCGGCAAUAUUUCCGCAGUUAAUGCAUUUGAUCGUUUUUGGUGAAUUGAUGCUCGAGAUGGAACCCGCGCUUAUCGAAAUGAGGUGCCCCAGUGCAUCAAGCUGGGUGGACGUUGUCCGAUGUGACAGUCUGGAGGAAUACUCAGGACCCGCCCGAAUAUCAGCGGGGGUGAUCGUGUUUGCGCUAUUUGUAUUCUGUAAUAUUGUUGUUUCGACGUCCUUUGUAAGGCGCUUCGAAUUGAUAACUGACUAUCCUCCGUGGCGGGACAACAAAAUCGUCAUUUGGGCCUUAGUCAUUGGUGUCUUAAUUACCAUUGUCUACGUCAUUUUGGCGGUAGACGAGGCCGCUUCGGGCUCACAGCUGCCUUGGUAUUUUUACGCGCUGUCAGUACUUAUACCUUUGCCGUGCUUGGUAUGGAAUGAGUGGUGCAAACGGGAAGAGGCCAAACAAGAGCGACGAGCAGAUAAGCUCCGUCGCCUGCAAUUCGAGACUCGUCUGGGUGCCUGGAGUCCUCGUUGA